UAUUAGAAAAAAAUCAUCUGUCAUUCCGUCUUCCUCUUCCUGUGGUUAUCCAACGAUCCGAUAUUACCUAAAUUAAUUUUCACUCAAUUUUCCCGUGACACAGAAUGGCAGUGAGGUUGUUGUCUAAAAUAAAGCUCCUACGGGAGCUUAGAGGCGCGGCCUAUCUUAGCUCAACUCCUAGUCCAGCAGAGCUAUCAGACUUCGAAGUACAGCAUAAGACACCAGUGAUUAGGAAGCAGAAAUUGAUCCCGGUAGCCCAGUACGGCGGCCGUCAUGCCGUCACCAUGCUGCCUGGAGGUGGCAUCGGCCCCGAGUGCAUGAGUUACGUCAGAGAAAUCUUCAAAUACAUCGGUGCACCGGUAGACUUUGAGCUCGUGAAUAUAGAUGAAAACGCCGACAAUGAUGACGACGUACAAUACGCUAUCACAACGAUUAAAAGAAAUGGUGUGGGAAUCAAGGGUAACAUUGAAACUAAGAGCGAAGCCGCCUACGUGACUUCACGUAAUGUAGCCCUUCGUAACGAGUUGGACAUGUAUGCCUAUGUGCUAAACUGCAAAUCAUUCCCAGGAGUCAUGACCAGACACAAGGAUAUCGACAUUGUCAUUAUUAGACAGAAUACAGAAGGUGAAUAUGCCAUGCUUGAGCACGAGUCUGUUAGAGGAGUCAUCGAGUCAAUGAAGGUGGUAACGGCAAGCAACUCGGAGAGAGUUGCCAGGUUCGCUUUCGAGUUUGCCAAGAGAAACGGAAGGAAGAAGGUGACAACAGUCCACAAAGCUAACAUAAUGAAGUUGUCGGACGGUCUCUUCUUGGAGACAUCACGUCGCAUGGCAGCCGAGUAUCCGGACAUCGAGCACAACGAUAUGAUCAUUGACAAUUGUUGCAUGCAGCUAGUAGCUAAGCCCCACCAGUUCGAUGUGAUGUUGAUGACAAAUCUGUACGGAUCUAUAGUGUCAAACGUUGUUUGUGGUCUACUGGGCGGAGCUGGAUUGCUCUCCGGAAGGAACUAUGGUGACAACUACGCUGUCUUCGAGCCCGGUACUAGGAACACUGGCACAGCGAUAGCGGGUAAGAACGUAGCCAACCCGAUAGCGAUGAUCAAUGCCUCAGUGGAUAUGUUGGAGCACCUCGGUCACCACUUCCAUGCUGGUCUCAUCAAGCGAGCGGUCGAAAAGACCAUAAACGUUGACAGGGUCCUGACCCCAGACGUCGGUGGGACUGCAUCGUCAACGGAGGUCGUCAAGAACAUCAUGGAAAAUAUAGUACCGCUCGCAAAGGAUAUGGAUUUUAUCAUAGUGUAAUUUUAGUAAUUGUAAGAAUUAUGUAUAAAAUAUAUUUAUGUAGAAGAGUAGAAAAAUAUGUAAAAAAAUAAUAUUAUUUAAAAAUGUAGAAAUGUACAGAUAUUUCGUCUAUUAAAUGUAAAAAAUGAAUAUAUGUGAUCGCAUCC